AUGGCCCCUAUGAUGAAGUUCUUUUACGCUGGUCUUCUCGCAGCCAGCACUUUCACCUCAGCCGUAUUUGCCAGCCCCAUCGACAAUAUUGCCGUCGUCGUCGAGUCCAGAGGUGAGACCGAUGAAUCCCAUAACACAGUCUCCAAACCCUAUGUCAAAUACCUGAGCGAGGGCGUCAACACCCCCAUCGGUAUCGAUAUCGCCAACGCCGUCGCCGUCGCCGUCCGCAACGUCGAUAAGGAUGCCGCCUCUCUCGAGAAGCGUGUCUUCACUUCCCCCCAUGUCCGCAAGGCCUUCAAGGUCGUCGCCGGCAAUAUGAUCAGUGCCGCCUCCUGGGCUUUCAACUUUUGGGUCGAGGAGGACUACACUGGCAAGUCCACCCUCUGGUACAGCGGCCUCACUGGUGGCGGCGUCACCAGUCCUAAGAUCGGCGUCGAGGGCGCUACUUUCAUCAAGAAGAGCGGUACUGAGCUCGACAUCAAAGUCCCCUUCCUCGUCAGGGGCUUCUAUGCCGGAAAGGAGAUUGUCGUUCACUUCAUUGUCCGAAUCCUCAGCGACGCUGGUGAAACUUCAGUCCAGUACUUCUACGGCCGCCCCACGGCCACGAUCGCCGGUCAGAAUGCUCCUGUGUCCAGCUGGGACUUUGUUAACACCAAGUAA